AGUAUACAUAGAGGUUAAUUAGAACAUUAAAGCGCUGUAAAUGCAAAAAUCUCAAAAUUGCAUCUCCAAAAAGUGGUAUUUAAUAAACUAGACAAUACUUCUACUAUCAGUAAAUACACAAUAGUACUAGGUAAAAGACCAUGGAACUCGCCGAUAAACAGGAUUUUAUUAAACUAAUAAUUCUGAGUUUAACGUUAGCAUUAUGGUUUUACUGGUUGUGGAUGAGAAAAAAUCUGUACCUAUUCGCAUUACGCUUCCCAGGAUUAUUUGGAUGGCCCAUUUUUGGAAUAUUACUUCGCAUUAAAAGUCAACAUAAUGUUAUUCAAGAGUUUGGUAAAAUAUUCAAAGAUUGUAAGGCAUACACUGUUUGUACAUGGAUAGGCACAUAUCCUUUUAUUAUAACAGCUGAUCCACCUUUCAUAAAAGAUGUAUUAUCUGCAAAGGAGUUGCUUAAUAAAGCCCAGCCAUUAUACCAGCCACUCUAUGACACAUUCAAAGGUGGUCUUAUUUCAAGUCCAGCGGAUCAAUGGCAUAAAAAUCGCCGUAUGAUAAAUCCAAGCUUUCAUCGGAAAGUACUAACCUCAUUUUUGCCCGUAUUUAAUAAAGCUAAAGAUGGGGCUAUUCUAAAAUUCAGAAACUUUACAAGGAAUGAGCAUGUCUUUAUUAGUGAAGAGUUGCAAAGGAUCACUCUAAGUAUAACUGUUGAAACCACUAUGGGGAAUGAAAUGCAAAAAGGCGAUCAGGUAUCAGAGGAAUUAGUGAAGUCAUAUGUCAUAUGCAUGGAAAAUCUGCCAAUUGAAUGCUUCUUAGCAUAUGUGAAACUGGAUCGUUUGUACGUCUGGUUUACGAAAGCAUCGAAGGAAUUUGUGCAGAAGUUUAUUAAAGGGCUUUUAUAUGGAAAGCUCUCACAAACGCCAAGUACGGAAAAUAUUCGACUUGAUGUCAAUAUAUCCUCAACUAAUUCUGUGAGCAGUUAUUCACAUGGAAAUAAUGGAUUUAAUGAAAAGAAGCCAAACAUUUUCAUUGACCAUGCUAUAAAUUUAUAUCGAGAAGAAAAAAUUUCGCAUCAAGAUCUCAUUGGUGAAGCGAACACAAUUGUAUCUGCGGCUUUUGAGACGACCGCCAAUGGACUUUUAUCAGCACUUUUGAUGUUAGCUAUGCAUCCUGCUGUACAAGAAAGAUUAUUCGAGGAAAUCGAAAACAUGUUCCCCGACAAACAUUUUUUCGUGGACUGUGAAAAUAUUACUAAUCUACCAUAUUUGGAUAUGGUUGUAAAUGAGACUUUACGCUUAAUGCCUCCCAUACCCAUGAUUGGUCGCCAGGUCAUACAAGAUACUACACUGAGUAACGGUUUGGUGAUUCCAAAAGGAAUCGAAAUUUUAGUUUCAAUUUUCGAUUUACAUCGGAGAACUGAUAUUUGGGGUGCAAAUGCUGAUAAGUUCAACCCAGAGAAUUUUUUGCGAGAGAAUUUGCAAGAAAAGCAUUCGCAUGCAUACAUACCUUUUUCGAAAGGGGUACGAGAUUGUAUAGGAUGGAAAUAUGCUCUUAUGGCAAUUAAAAUACUAUUGGCAGGUUUCAUUCGGAACUUUUCUUUUGAAACUAAUGUAAAAUUGGAAAAUUUAAAGUUUACGAAUAAUGUAUCACUUAAAUACACCAAUGAACCGGCGUUUACAAUAAAAGACCGGUGUAAAUAAUGUACUUGGGUGCAAAUAAAGCAUUAUUAAGUAAAUAAAAUUAGUUAUUGAAUUUAGUUACAUUUAUAAACCAGAAUCUGAGAAGAGUGCCCUUCGAGAAAAAAACUAAAUACUAUAAAGUAAUAUCAAUAAAAGUAAAAUAAUGUAUUAUGAUAUAUGUACUAAUGUGAAAGAUGUAUACCAUAUUUGGCUGCCAAUACUCUUUACUUUGGGUUUCCGUCAAAUAUGGCAAUUAUCUAUAACUGUCAAAUUCUCUUCCCAAUUCAUGGAUUUUCAUUUCACUUAUUCCUAACACUUUCGGUGAUCACACAAAGAAAGGAUUCUGAUUAGACCAACAAAGACUUGGGUAAAAAAGUUUACAGGACUUCGCAUUUGAACAUUGUAGAUAAUUUCUCAAAGGUUUUGUUUCAAAAUUGUAAUUUAUUGCAAAAACUGUUGUAUAUUUAAAUUAUUUUUCUUUUUUGUAUUUUUAUCAAUUUAAGAAGUUAAAUCAAACCAGAU